GACUUCCGGUCGGGCGGGAGUUCCGGUCAGGGCGGUCCUAGCUGUCCUGGUUGUAGGUCCUUAUCUCUCUUAGCACGUGGCGUUCGCUUUUGGCGUUGGAGCUUCUGAGCAGUUUGAUAGGCGGGCAUCUGCCCAGAGGGGGUUGGAUGGGCUGCGUGUAGCGCUGUCUCUGUGCGGUUUCCGUCCCAGCGCGGGGCGGACGGCCUCCAGGGGCGCCGAGGCUCUGCGCGCUUCCGUCAUGGACUACCGGCGGCUGCUGAUGAGUCGGGUGGUUCCCGGGCAGUUCGACGACGCGGAUUCCUCGGACAGUGAAAACAUUGACCUGAGGACCAUCAGAGAGGAAGAUAUUCUGUUUGAAGAUCUGCAGAAGAAUGUGCCUGAGAAGAUGGGUGGAGGUGAUAUGGAAGAGGAGGAGGAGGAGGAAGAGGAGGAGGAGUAUGAUGAAGACGACUGGGAUUGGGAUGAUGGAGUUGGAAAACUCACCAAAGGUUGUAUCUCAAAUGCAAGGAGUAACCCACAGACAAAUCAGCAGACUUCCAACUACAAUUUGGCCAAAAUAUCUACUCCAGCAGACAAGGUCUUACGGAAAUUUGAGAAUAAAAUUAAUCUAGAUAAGCUAAAUGUUACUGAUUCUGUCAUAAAUAAAGUCACCGAGAAGUCUAGACAAAAGGAAGCAGAUAUGUAUCGCAUCAAAGAUAAGGCAGACAGAGCAACUGUGGAACAGGUGUUGGAUCCUAGAACACGAAUGAUACUAUUCAAGAUGUUGACUAGAGGAAUCAUAUCAGAGAUAAAUGGCUGCAUUAGCACGGGAAAAGAAGCUAAUGUGUACCACGCUAGCACAGCAAAUGGAGACAGCAGAGCAAUCAAAAUUUACAAAACUUCUAUUUUGGUGUUCAAAGAUCGGGAUAAGUAUGUAAGCGGGGAGUUCAGAUUUCGUCAUGGCUAUUGUAAAGGAAACCCCAGAAAGAUGGUGAAAACUUGGGCAGAAAAAGAAAUGAGGAACUUAAUCAGGCUAAACACCGCACAGAUCCCAUGCCCAGAACCUAUCCUGCUAAGAAGUCAUGUUCUUGUCAUGGGUUUCAUUGGUAAAGAUGACAUGCCAGCGCCACUGUUGAAAAACGUCCAGCUCUCAGAAUCCAAGGCUCGGGAGUUGUAUCUGCAGGUCAUCCAACUCGUGAGAAGAAUGUAUCAAGACGCCAGACUUGUCCACGCGGAUCUCAGUGAAUUUAACAUGCUGUACCAUAGCGGAGGUGUGUACAUCAUUGAUGUUUCCCAGUCCGUGGAGCAUGACCACCCACAUGCCUUGGAGUUCUUGAGAAAAGACUGUGCCAAUAUCAACGAUUUCUUUUUGAAGCACAGCGUUGCCGUGAUGACUGUGCGGGAACUCUUUGAAUUUGUCACAGAUCCAUCCAUUACACAUGAGAACAUAGAUGCUUAUCUCUCAAAGGCCAUGGAAAUAGCAUCUCAAAGGACCAAGGAAGAAAGGUCCAGCCAAGAUCAUGUGGAUGAAGAGGUGUUUAAGCGAGCAUACAUUCCUAGAACCUUGAAUGAAGUAAAAAAUUACGAGAGGGAUGUGGAUAUAAUGAUGAAAUUGAAGGAAGAGGAUAUGGCCAUGAAUGCCCAACAAGACAAUAUUCUGUACCAAACUGUUACGGGAAUGAAGAAAGAUUUGUCAGGAGUUCAGAAGGUUCCUGCACUUCUGGAAGAUCAAGUUAAGGAAAAGGCUUGUUCUGAUUCAGAUGAUGCUGGAAGCUCUGAGUGUUCUGACACAGACUCUGAAGAGCAGGGAGACCAGGCCUGCUCCAGGAAACCCGCUGCUGACCCUGAAGUUGAUAAAAAGGAAAGAAAAAAGAUGGUCAAGGAAGCCCAGAGAGAGAAAAGAAAAAACAAAAUUCCAAAACAUGUGAAAAAAAGAAAGGAGAAGACCGCCAGGAUGAAAAAGGGCAAAUAGAAUCAGAACACCACAACAUAAGAGUAAUUUACCAUCUGUCACUUUUCUUACCCACGCUGUGAGCUAUGAGCUGCGUCUUGAAGACGUGCUACUGAUUUUAACUGAGGUUAUCACGGCAGUGUCGUGAAGACGGAGUUACGUGUUCUCAUCUAAUUAUGUAAAAAGCUCUAAGCUCUCUUAUCUAGAUCCAGUCACUGCCUCUGUGUGGUAUUGACAGAGGAUUUAUUUAAGCAACUAUAUGAAGAACUUUGUACAAUUUUAUUUUUAUAUGUAUUUUUUUCUCCUGCAGUGUGUUUUUUGAGGCAUCAUAAAUGUUAUAAUGUAAUGAGCAUUCAUCGUCUUUAAGUGUAAAGGCACUUUGGACAGA